CAAAACACAACACAACCAAGCGGGUCUGUUGCUGCCUUUCCAUACAAGCGUACCUUCACACUCCUUUGAACUUGGAUCUAUAGAGAAAAAGUCCAUCACCAGUUCAUAUGGUGUGGAACUGAUCGUAUUAGAUUUUCACUGUUCUCUGGAAGGUGAAGGGGGAAAAAUGAAGUUUCUUGCUGCUUGUUUCAUGGUGCUGCAGUUGCUGUUUGCUUCUGAAAUCCAGAGUUUUGACUUCAUUGUGGAAGAAGAACCAGAGAAACUGGCAGAGUUGUUUGACCCGGAGACCAGUGGCUUCAUCUCAAGCCCCCGGCUGCCAAGCAGCAGAUAUCAGAGAAGCACUGAUGAUGAAGAAGAAUUGAUUCUAGGUGAAGACAACAUAGUCCUCCACAGCUACAAGAUCCAGUCCACCAUCACGUCCCGCCUGGCCAAUACGAUGGUCCAGACCAAAGUGGAAAACAGAGCCAAGCAUUCACAGAAUCUGGUCUUUGAUGUCCAGAUCCCCAAAGGGGCCUUUAUUCACAAUUUUACUAUGAAUGUCAAUGGUAUCACGUUUACGAGUUCAAUUAAGGAAAAAUCUGCAGCUCGAAGUCAGUAUGCCCAAGCUAGGGCCAGAGGUAAAGCUGCUGCGAUCCUAAGGAGCAAUGCUCUUGACAUGGAGAACUUCAAAGCCGAACUCAACGUCCCCAGUGGAACCAAAGUCCAGUUUGAAAUUCAUUACCAAGAGCCCAUCCGGAGGAAAUUAUCAACCUAUGAACACAUUAUUCCAGUGCAGCCAGGGAGACUGGCUAAACACUUGGAGGUUAAUGUCCACAUUGUUGAACCCCAGGGGAUUAGUUUUGUCCACGUUCCUAACAUACUUGGUGACCAGUUUACUGAUGCAACUACAGUCAACAAAGGAGGAAAAAAGGCGCACAUAUCCUUCAAACCAUCUGUAGCCCAGCAACGAAAGUGCUCCAAUUGUACCACCACAGCUGUGGAUGGCAAUCUUGUGGUGACGUAUGAUGUCAACAGGGAUACGAAAGCUGGCGAGCUGGAGAUCUUCAAUGGCUAUUUUGUCCACUACUUCGCUCCUGAUAACUUGGAACCUCUGCCAAAAAACAUCCUCUUUGUCAUCGAUGUCAGUGGCUCGAUGUGGGGAUUAAAAAUGAAGCAGACGGUUGAAGCGAUGAAGACCAUACUGGGUGAUCUCCGAUCUGAUGACAAAUUUUCAAUCCUCGACUUCAACCAUAAUGUCCGGUGCUGGAGAGAGAGCUUGGUGCAAGCCUCCAAAAUCCAGACAGAUGCAGCCAAGAAGUACAUUGAGGGAAUCCACCCCAAUGGAGGAACAAAUAUCAAUGAUGCCCUUCUCCGAGCCAUCUUUAUCCUAAAUGAAGCCAACGCUUUGGGAAUGUUGGAUCCAAGUUCUGUCUCCAUGAUAAUAUUGGUAUCGGAUGGAGACCCAACUGUUGGAGAACUAAAACUGCCAACAAUUCAGAAAAAUGUGAAGAAGAAUAUCCGGGAUGAUACCUCUUUGUUCUGUCUUGGAAUUGGCUUUGAUGUGGACUAUGAUUUCCUGAAGAGAUUGGGUACUGAAAACAAUGGAGCCGCACAACGGAUCUUUGGAAAUCAAGAGACAUCUUCUCAGAUGAAGAAAUUCUACAACCAGGUUUCUACCCCACUUCUCAAAAAACUGGAGUUCAACUAUCCCGAAGGAUUGGUGUCUGAUGUAACCCAGAGCAGCUUCCAGAAUUAUUUUGGAGGAUCAGAGAUUGUGGUAUCAGGAAAAGUUGACACCGAAAAUGUGCAGCAUUUACAGAGCAUUGUAACAGCCACAGCUUCCGAUGCCCAGUUAAUCUUGGAGACUCUGGCAGAUGUUGAGGGAUUGGAUGAAUUUCUGAAUAAGGAUAAGCAUGCCGAUCCCAAAUUCACAGAAAAGUUGUGGGCCUACCUUACUGUCAACCAACUCAUGGCUGAGAGAAAUGUAGCUCCUACAGCAGCACUGAAAAGAAACAUCACCAAGGCCAUUUUGCAGAUGUCACUGGAUCACCACAUUGUGACCCCGUACACAGCUAUGCUGAUUGAAAGCCCAAAUGGAGAAGAAAUGAUGCUGGCCGACUCCCCUCAGGACCGCAAACGGGCCUGCUGUCCAGGUGCUCUAACCAUUGGCCAGCCCAAGCCCGAGAAACCUAUCCCAGCUUGGGCCCCGCUGGGCUCCAAAGACCCACAAUCGGUUCUUAUGGGUCCAACUGCAGCAGCUGUACAUACAGGUAAAGGAAGCUCCAUCCAUCUUCUCAUCUUGCUCAUUGGCUGGGUCCUCACUCAUGCUUCACCAGCCCAGGGAAAGGCCCAGUGA